AUGUUUGGCCCUAUUAUUGUUUGCAAUGCCGUUUACACUGGAGAUCUUGAUGUCAAAUAGCCUGCUGUCGUUAAUUUGAGAAAAAAAUUGCAGGAGGAAAGAAAAAGACAUUAAAAAAGAGAAGAUGAUUUGAAGGAAAAGAUAAGUGUUUUGAAUUACAAAUUUUACAGAGUUAAACUAAUCAACUUCUAUUUUGACAUUAUCUGUGACAAGCUAGUACAUUAAAAGACAUAAGCUAUAGCUGUUGAUUUUGAUAGAGUUUGA